UUGUUUGCCACAUUGAAAGUUAUGCUUUGAAGUACAUUUGACUAUUUCUUCACUUCUUAUUCCAGAGAAAUGUUCAGUAAUAAAUAACUGAGCUUGGUCCCUGACUCUUCAUUCUCUGGGUGAUUUUGAUUCCUGAUAACAUGGGGAUGAGGUGUCUUGAAUUAGUUCUUCUGCUUUGGGUUCCUGGACUGCUGCAAGCUCAAGGUCCACAGCCUUGCAGCGCUCCAAGCCUGUAUGCAGGUUUUCUUCUCUCGGUGCAGGAAUCAUAUCCUCAUGGAACAAAGAUCAGUUAUUCCUGCAAUGAUGGAUACAAAGCAGAAGGAAGAGGCUGGUGGGGAACAAGCACAUGUUUCAAUGGUUUAUGGUUUGGUAUCCCAGUCUGUAUUAUAAAUCCUCCUACCUGCCGCGAGCCUCCAAGAAUAUCCAAUGCCGCCAUAAUUAAUCAGGAUUUUCAGGACGUAUUUACUCAAGACACAGAAGUGGUGUAUCAGUGUAAGGAUGGAUAUACAACAAAGGAAGGAGCCACCAAGAAAUCUGUCUUCUGUAGAGCUGGAGUUUGGACAGACGUCCCAACAUGUGCACCUACUGCCGGACCCGGAUCAAAGGACACUGUAUCCAUCGAUAAUUGUGGAGAGAUCCCUCAUGUUCCAAACGGGCUUCCUGAGCCACAGGAGCAGCAACGUUCUUUGAAAUACACGUGUCAGAACUUUUACAAGUUAGUGGGUCCUGACACUGUGGUGUGUCACAGAGGUGGCACGUGGUCCGAAGUCCCCACAUGUAAAGAGGACUUCUGUUUUCUGGACACUACAAAGUAUUCUGACCUUACAAAUUCUGGCAAUACGUUUAUCAGAAAUGGGGACACAGAGUACCCGAGAUGUGUUGAUAAAUGGAUGUUUAAACGUUCCGCUGUGGUUCGGUGCAUUGAUGGGAAUCUCACUGUAUCCAUAUGUUGCAACUGGACCACGAUAAACGCUGGUCUAUGCUGAGGCCCCAUCGGGAAAAGAUCUGGCUCUCUUGGGCUGAGCUGAUGGACUGAGAACAAAUGGAAACAUGAACCCAUUUGAAACAACUUGAGAUUGAAUGCGUUGCCAACAGCCAGGCUGGAUAUUUUCAUGCUGUUCUACCACAGUAUAGCAUGUUCUGUAUUUAGAUUGUUCCAGUAGCAUUUCUAUAGUUGUGCGUUUCAUACAGAGAAUUGUAAAAAACCUCUGUCUGACUUUGUCUCUGUUGCCUGCAACAGCUACUUAAUAAAACAUUUCGACUUUAACAGGA